AUGCAUGCCUCCAACUCCCUGCUGCAGGGACCAAACCCUGCGUCUGACCAUCAAAGCCUAGCUCAGGGCUUGCAAGCUUUCAACGAGGCCUGGGAGGACAACGUCCUGCUGUCGCAAACAGCUCUCCUCUGCCUGAUCAAACUACCACCCGCCAAGCUGCCUAUCAAGAAGAAAACACACAGCCUCCCUUCUCCCACCCAGGACCCUCCAAGCACAAAGGCCACCAAGCCACCGACCGAUGCAGCACACCCAAUGGGAAAGACGAGGAAUAAACACAGGCAGCAGCUCACGCCAAAUGCUGUCAUGCGCAAAGGCUCUCUCGCCCCGCGGCACUCACGGACCAGCAUAAAAGCCGGCCCUGCGACUCGCACCCUCACACAAUCUUCCCGACGCCUUCUCCCUCCAGGGACCCUCCACACCACAGACAUGUCCUGCUACGACAUCUGCCGCCCCUGCGGACCCACCCCGCUGGCUAACAGCUGCAACGAGCCCUGUGUCAGGCAGUGCGAGGACUCCCGCGUCGUCAUCCAGCCUCCUGCCGUGCUGGUCACCCUGCCAGGACCCAUCCUCAGCUCCUUCCCCCAGAACACCGCCGUUGGAUCCUCCGCAUCAGCUGCCGUGGGCAGCAACCUCAGCGCCCAGGGAGUGCCCAUCUCCUCCGGGGGAUUCGGAGGCUUUGGCCUUGGAGGCUUUGGCUUCGGAGGUCUUGGCUGCAUCAACGGCGGAAGAGCCUGCUACCCCUGCUAA